AAUUGAAGUAAUUUUAGAAUUAGUUUCAAUUGAUUCAAUAUGGGAACUGCUUCUUUCUCUAAAUCUAACAACUAUUUUGUUAAUAGGAACUUGUGAUUUUGGUAAGUAUAAUGAUUUAGAAACUUUUGUAUAUGUGUAG